AUUGAAAUCGUGUUAUGGCAAUAACAUCUGACAAUAAACCUUGUACUAGUAACAUGACAGAAACCGAUAACAUUCAAUUACCGAUAGAUAAAUGUUUUAAGAAAGAAAAGUUUAUUGACAAAAGUAUAUUUUAUAUGUAGGUAAUUAUACACAUACUGUCAUACCUGUCUACAUCAGAUAGGAUGUCAGCAGGACUAGUCAACCAUACAUGGCAUGAAGCAUCUCUUGCAAUGAAAUUUGUGGAUCAAGAAGUAUUGGUUUUGGGUCGACCAUGUACAGAUAAUUUGAACCAAAUAAUAGAAGUAUUGCAGUGUUCCAUGCGACCAUUUUACCACUUUGUUUUUAGAGAAGUAGAACUGAAAAGAAACAUGCCAAUCUGGGAUCAGUAUGGACCUUGUAUGAAAAGUCUUGUAUUGUUGUGUUGUGACUUAAGUGAAAAGGCACUUAUAGAAAUUUUUAAAUGUUGCACAUCUCUAAAAGUAUUACAUAUAAAUGAUUGUCGGGAAUGUCUGAUGUCUGGAAGACUCUUAGAGGAUGAAAGUGACAUAAAAGAACUUUCAGAAACAUUUAAAAAUCUUCAAGAGCUUAGCCUUGGGUAUAAUCGCUUUUUGAGCGAUGCUCUUUUUAACAGACUUGUUGCCAUCUGUCCAAAUGUAGAAUCCUUAAGUCUCAUGGGGUGUCAAAUAUCUUUCCAUUGUGGAUUGUAUAAAAAAUUUUAUCCUCAAAAUAUAACAUUGCCUGAUGCGUCGCAAUCAGUUUUAACGUUUUUAAAUGCAUUACAUUACCUCAGGCAACAAGCAUACAAGUUAAAACGAUUGAAUUUCGGGUAUACUUUAAUCGAUGGAACGGCUUUGACUACUUUAGCUGCUUUAGAAGAUUUAAAACUUGAAUCCUUAAUGCUUCAAGGUUGUUAUCAAUUAACUGUCCAAGGAAUUAAGGGAUUAACACAGCAUCAAACUUGUUUAAAAAUUCUUGACCUCAGUUAUUGCGUGCGUAUUACGGACGCUAGUUUACUCCAUAUCUGUAAGAAUUUGACAAAGUUAGAGACGCUUCGGAUAAAAAGAUGCCGUGCAGUAACUGACUGUGGUGUAAAGUACAUUCGGUUACUCAAAAAUUUAAAAGAACUUGAUAUUUCUGAAAAUGAACUACUUACUGGAGACUGUAUUACUCUUGGAAUUUGUUCUGAUCCUAAUAUAAACGAUAGUAAUGUGGAGCAAGAUAUCGACUCUGAAAAUUUCAAUUUUGGUCCUACAGAUCAACAUUCUGUUAUGAAAAAGACCAUACAAAAAAAGACAGUACAAAUACUCUCAGCAAAUGCAUUAAAUCUUCACGAAGAAUCUAUUGAAUGUAUAUCUAAAUGUUUUCCAAACUUAAGACUACUUGAACUUAAUUAUUGCUUUAGUGGUGUCACCAAUAAAACAAUACAGAUGAUAUUCAAGGAGCUUGUACAUUUACAAACAUUAAAAAUAAGCCAUUGUGAUAAGGUCAGUGAUGCUGGCUUGAUUGGUAUGGAUGCUGGUAACCAUGAGCAUUUUGAACCAAUUCAAGUUGUACAUGAACCAGAAUUUACAGAAUCCAACAGAUUAAGAAUUAGCUUACGGUCAAGGGCCGAAGAAGAAAUUGUACGCGAUGCUAAUCGAAAACGAGAAGUAAUGAAAAUCUGUGAAAACGUUGUUAAGCCAGUAGAUUUUAAUACAUUUUCCGGAUUUUCUUUGAUUCGACUUAAAUGUCUUCGAGAACUCGAUCUUUCUGGAUGCAAUAGAAUUACAGAUCUCAGUUUAAAGCAUGCAUUUGCAUUUUUGGAAUUAAAAAUUUUAAAUUUAAGCCAGUGUCAGCAAAUAACAGAUGUGGGACUAGAUUAUUUAUCUAAAAAUAACCCAGCGAUUGAAGAUUUAAAUUUAAAUCAGUGUCACAACAUAUCAGAUAUUGGAAUAUCUUACCUUGCACAAAGAUUGCACAGAUUAAAACGGCUUAUUAUACAGGGAUGUUCACAAUUGACAGAUCAUACUCUUGACGCUAUUAAGUUGUAUUGCAAAAGUCUUCAUUAUCUUGAUACACGUUAUUGUCGAGGAAUGUCAGUAGCAGGACUUGAAAGUUUAACACAUUUGUAUGUUGAUUGGAUCAAACAUAUAGAUGACAUCGUUUCUUCAGAGCAUGGGGUACCUCCACCACCUGCACCACCUUUACCGUCAUUACCGUCCUUGCCAUAGAGGCGGCUUCAAUAUUUCCUUUCGCAUUUUAAAGACAGGGUAAGGGAAAAUUGAAGUAUUAUUUUAGGUAAUUUGUACAUAUAAUAUGUUUAUAAGAUUUAAUUUAAUAGGAGACAAGACACGAUAGUGAUUUCUAUAUCUCCUUUCACAGAAUAUGGUUGUAGGAUUUUCGUAAACGUUCGUCUAUUAGACAAAUGAAUUUGUAUAAAAUAAUUUAAAAAGAGCACGAAGCAAAGUUUUAAUAUAAUGUUGUUAUUUGAUAUCAUACACAUAGAAAUUUUAAAAUAUUUUUAAAUAACUAUGUAGAAAUGUUUAUAAUUAUGUACAUAGAAAGAGGUAUAAGGAAAUUUCAAUCUGUAUUAUAUCAAAUAUCUGGCAAAAAUUGUGAUCCUUUGCUAGAGAAGAUCAAAUAGUUUAAAUAGAUGGAAAUAAAAUAUUUGUUGAAUACUGUUUAACAUAAAAAGUCAAAGGUAAUUAAACAAAUAUGUUUGUAAAAUAUAGAGCGAUAAUGUGAUUUACAGUAAGUGCAAUAAAGUGAGCCAAAAUGUUAUUUAAAAAAUAAGCCAUUUGUAGUCACAUAAACUAUUAUUAAAUAUCUUACAAAUUUUAUUCUUUUCCAUGUUGCAAUACAAUGAACAUAUAAUGAUUAUUACUGAAUUAAUAAAAAACUAGUAGUUAUAUAUAAAAUUCUAUAUGAAUUUAAAAAGAUUCAUCUCUAUAUUUUGACAUGUACAAUACAAUUACAAUUCAAAAAUGAAAAUUUAAGAAUUUUGUGAAUUAAGUUGGAAAUUUUUGUACAUAGUUUUAUUCCAUGCAUAGAGUACAAAAUCAUCCUAACAUUCAUAGCACUGAAAUUUAUACCAGAGUAUUUUUUAUCAAUAUGCUGCCAUUGUUAGAGAAAAAUCAUAAAAUAAAAUAAAUACAACUUAAUGAUCUAUUAACUGAUAAUGUAAGAUGUAUUUUUUGAGAACACGUUUAGUAAUGUCAUUCAAAAAUAAAUAUGUUUUUUCAUACAUUAUUAAUUUAUUUGUAAAAGUUUUACGUUCUUGAAUUAUUUAUUGUAAUUAUAUAUACAUAUAUAUAUAUAUAUUUGUGAUAUACAUUUUGUGUAAGGAUAGACCGUUUAAAUUAGGAUAUGUAAUAAGAUUAUAUAAACAAUGAUCUAAAUUUUAUUCAAAAACAAACAAAUUUAACAGUAUUUUUAAUGAUAGUCAAAAAUUCUAUUUGUAUCGAAUGAAGUAGUUUCCAUGAAGUCUGUACUUUUAAUGAUCUUUUAUCUUGCAUUUCAAUUUCUAUUUGUUAUACGAUAAAAGAAGAAUAUGAGUGUCAAGUUUACAAGACAAAUGUAAACGAAUAAAGUAGUGAACCGCUUUUCUCAGUAUUUGUCUUUAGAGAUACUAACGUUUUAAUUUAUCAUCAGUGCUAUUUUAUAAUUAGUAGCAAAACAUGCAAUUUACAAUUAGUAUUCGAGGAAUUAUUGUUCACUCGUAGUUCGUUCGAACCCAACUUGAAUUCUUUUUGUACAAAAUUCUUAAUGUAUCACAAAAUUUGAUACCUACAAGCAGUGUAGUAUCAACUAUACUUUUUUUUUUGUACAGGGUACAUCAUUUUGAUUCUGUUGCAAUUUGACCUCUGAUUUGGUCUUCUAUGGG